UUCACCUAACCUUCACGCAAAAGGCCCAUAUCAAUAUGCUUGGCUCUCCUCCCUGCUGUGGAUACCCCCAAUCCUCGGGUGUAGUUUUGAAAAACGGCGUUGUAGCUGCUGCAUCCUUGGCCCAUACCUCAAGCCCGUUUGAGGCGUUCCUACUGGAAUUACUUUGUGAAACUUUCUUAGUGCUCCGUCUGGUGGGUAUGGACUUAGGUGAAAGGAGGUUAUGUCUCACAAGUAACCCACUCGUCUAGCAGUAAUUAGUGACAGUGCCUCUCCAGACCGAUGUGCGAGGAAUCGGAACCACCGUCUUAAUGCUCGCAUGACGAAUGCAGAUUGGACAUAUGAGCAUGGUGGUCCAUCUCCACUGCCUGUAACUUUUGGACUUCCCAUAAUGGAAGUGAUGGAGUCAGAAGGAGGCCGUGGACCAUUUUCUGUUUCUCUGCAGUUUCAAGCUGCCAAGACAAUUUUUUUUUGUGACUGGUUUUGGAUUUAAACAUCUGCCUUACACUUUACUUUCAAUUCAACAGCCAUAGACCGCAUGAGGAGUAUCAUUAUGCUGUCCCAUGACUGUCCUAUCACUUCCUGCAGACCAUACAUCAGAGUUUAUAGACCGAGCAGCUUGCAUCUGUAGGGUGCCCUACAUAGAUUAUUCACCUGCACCUGGAAAAAUGGGGUACAUCCUGUCCUGUAGCCACCUCAGUCCAAAUACUGUACAGCAAUAGCAAUAUUCUUGAUAUCAGUAUUGAGAAGUUUAUAUGCUUAGUGUAGUUAUAACCUUAAAACCAUGACCACCAACAACACCAGGGCCUGAUUAACCAACCUAGCAGUUGGUUUCUGAGAGACAACACAUAUCACAAAGCAACUUCAGUCAUCGGGAGGCGAUAACUUAAAUAUAAAGUGCAAAAGUAAUAAAAAUGGCAAAACCCCACCAGUGUUCUGAGUGUGGGAAAACAUUUAGUCGCAUUGGGCAUGUGACGACUCACAUGAUGGUGCAUACAGGUGAGAAACCUCAUGAGUGUCCUGAGUGUGGGAAAGCAUUCAGUGAACUUGGAACUAUGAAGAGGCAUAUGAUGGUACAUAUGGGUGUUAAGCCUUACAAGUGCCCCGAGUGUGGAAAAGCAUUUAGUCAACUUGGACAUAUGAAGACUCACAGAAUUGUGCAUACUGGUGUUAAACCUCACAAAUGCCCAGAAUGUGGGAAAACAUUCAGUGAACGUGGAACUCUGAAGAGGCACAGAAUUGUUCAUAUGAGCAAUAAACCUUACAAAUGUCCAGAGUGUGGGAAAGCAUUCAGUGAACGUGGAACUUUAGAGAGGCACAAAAUGGUGCAUACAGGUGAUAAACCUCAUGAGUGUCCCGAGUGUGGGAAAGGGUUCACUCGUCUUGGAUAUAUGAAGAGGCACAUGAUUCUUCAUACUGGAGCUAAACCUCACAAAUGUCCCAAAUGUGGGAAAACAUUCAUUGAACAUGGAACUUUGAAAAAGCACUUGAUUUUGCACACGGGUGAUAAACCUCACAAGUGUCCUGAGUGUGGGAAAACAUUCAGUGUAGUUGGAACGAUGAAUAGGCACAGGAUUGUGCAUACUGGUGAGAGACCUUAUAAGUGUCCUGAGUGUGGGAAGGGGUUCACUCGUCUUGGGCAUAUGAAUGCUCACAGGACAUUGCAUACGGGUGUUAAACCAUUUGAGUGUGCUGAUUGUGGGAGAAAAUUCAGAGAACGUAGGGCUAUAAUAAUUCACAUGUUAGUACAUACUGAUGAUAAACCUCAUGAAUGUUCAAAGUGUGGGAAAAGAUAUAGGCACCGUAUUAAUUUGAGACGUCACAUGUCAGUUCAUACAAAUGGCAAAUGUAAUUAAUGUCUAGAGUGUAAGGGGUAAAUAGUUAAAAUGUUGAUAUGAAGAAGCACAGGUUGUAAUACAGCCUAUAAGUGACAGGCCUCCUGUGUGUCCUAGUUGUAGGAAAAAAAAGAAAAAGUAUAAGAAGACACAUAUUAGUGCAUUAAAGCAAUAAACUUCAGGUUGUCUUGACUAAAGGAAGCCUCAGUAAACAAAUGAACUUUAUGACACCAUAUCGUGUAUCAGUUUGAUGAAUUGUAUGAGUAUCAUUUUUUAUUAUUGUAUGAAAUGCAUGUAAAGAUAUAAACUAUCCACAGAUUUAACGUAUUAUUUAAAAAUUGUCAGCUUCAUUUUAAAAAUAUUGUUCCAUUACAUUCCUAGAUGAACUUCCCAUAAAGGUCUCCGUGGUGUAGUGGUAAUACACUCGUCCCACACUUUGCAAGUGAUUUGGCCUGAGUUCGUAUACAGGAUGGGGAGGAUUGACUAGGUGACAAUCCUUAACUGUACUCCUCUGUUCAUCCAGCAGUGAAUGGGUACCUGAUUCUGAAAUGAUUUGGCAGUUCAUAUUCCGGGAAAAAUUAAGAUUAAGGAUCUGCCCGAAAUGCUAUGCAUUUCGGGCAGAUCCUUAAUCUUAAUUUUGAUCCUUAAUCCUUAAUCUUAAUUAAUCUCCAGAUCCUUAAUCUUAAUUAAUCUAAUGACUUUACAAGAAUGUAAGAACUUUUGUAUAUAAAUAAAUAAAAAUGUAAGGUAUUUUUGUUUUCAUAAGUUUGUAUAAGAAAUUUACUUGGCCACUAGCCAAUUUUUUUUUUUUUUGUAACAAAGCUCUUCAGAAUGUAAUAUCUAAGUUUAAUUUUAGUCUCUUAUGCUUUUGUAGAAAUUAAAUGCACAUUUUUUCAAGUAAGAUGUAACAAAGAUUAGAACUCUGUUCCUAUUAUUCUA